AUGGCCCGCGCGCGGAUUGGCUGCUCGGGAUGGGGGGGCCGGGCCCGCGGGGCAGAGUCCGCCCCCGAACCUUCAAAUGGGAAGCCCCUGUGGCGGCGCCCGUAGAGCCGAGGCUGUGCUGCGGGGACGCGGGCCGGAGAGUUGGAGGGAGUGAGCUGUGCGCGCCCGGAGGCCCCGGGCCGUCGGGCGCGCGUCUUGUCUCCCGCCAUGGGGUCUGCAGCGCUGGAGAUCCUCGGGCUGGUGCUGUGCCUGGUGGGCUGGGUGGGCCUGAUCCUGGCGUGCGGCCUGCCCAUGUGGCAGGUGACCGCCUUCCUGGACCACAACAUCGUGACGGCGCAGACCACCUGGAAGGGGCUGUGGAUGUCGUGCGUGGUGCAGAGCACGGGGCACAUGCAGUGCAAGGUGUACGACUCGGUGCUGGCGCUGAGCACGGAGGUGCAGGCGGCGCGGGCGCUCACCGUGGGCGCCGUGCUGCUGGCGCUCGUCGCGCUCUUCGUGACCCUGGCGGGCGCGCAGUGUACCACCUGCGUGGCCCCCGGGCCCGGCAAGGCGCGCGUGGCCCUCACGGGCGGCGCGCUCUACGCGCUCUGCGGGCUGCUGGCGCUCGUGCCGCUCUGCUGGUUCGCCAACAUCGUGGUCCGCGAGUUCUACGACCCCAGCGUGCCCAUGUCGCAGAAGUACGAGCUGGGCGCCGCGCUCUACAUCGGCUGGGCCUCCUCGGCGCUGCUCGUGUGCGGCGGCGGCCUCGUGUGCUGCGGCGCCUGGGUCUGUGCCGGUCGCCCCGACUUCAGCUUCCCGGUCAAGUACUCGGCACCGCGGCGGCCCACGGCCAGCGGCGACUACGACAAGAAGAACUACGUCUGAGGGCGCCUGCACGGCAGGGCCGCGAGCGGGAGGACUGGCCACGGCGCCCCGCAUAGACGGUGGCCUCCCCCGGGCUAAGCGGCGCACGGGCUCUGCGCCCCGCCCCGAAUGUCCGCAGCCCGUCCUCUCCGGCUGCCUAGCCGGCCCCGGGCCCUGCCCCGCAAGGCGACGCGCGCUUGGGAGAACUCGCUUGGUGUCUUUCUGUGGGCAGUGCUGGCUCCGACGGGGUAGGGCGCGCGUCCCUUCGGCUGUGUGGGCACCGGACUGGAGAUGCCGCUCCCUCCCCAACCCUCAGGGUCUCGGAUGCUCCCCCGCCCCCGGUGGCUCCUGCUGAUCCCUGAGGGGCAGGCGGAGAGCCCAGGGGCUCCGGCCUGGACUGCCGGAGGGACACUUACAGCUGGCCUUUCCUCUGUCAGUGCGCUUGCCCCCGGGUGGGGGUGGGGGCAAGGGGCUUGGCCUGGACCUCCCUGUCUCAACCCAGCAGCUCGCCAGGCAAGGGUUAUGGGCACCAGAUCCUGGGUGUAGGGCUGGGGCCCUGCCCUCCUUUGCGGCUAGGGAGGAGGCUAAGAAUCUGCUUAGUAAAUGGUUUGGA